CUACGUUACGCGUGACAACAAUUGUAACAGUUUCUGAGCUGUUUGCUACUCAUGAGAUGCAUAUGAAAGCUACAGUGACCUCGAUGAAAUAACAUCAUGGAGCAAAAAGGAGGCACGGAUGGAGAGGAGUCCUUCGAGGCGCUGGAGAAGCAGUUCCAGUUGGUCCUCACGGAACUGCUGGGAGAUAAGAGCGUGGAAAAGUUCCGCACGGAGUACGAGAAGAUCACCGGCGCCCUCAGGAAGGCCCACGAGAGCGAGAAGAGGCUCAUGUCCAAAUGCAGGGAGCUCAACGCAGAGAUCGUAUCCAACUCCACCAAAGUGGAGACGGCGCUGAAGCUUUCGCAGGAAGAUGAGGCCACCAUCAAAUCUCUGAAGAAGGAAUUAGAGAACGCUUGGAAAACAGUGGAUGCAGCUCACGAUAAAGAGAUCAAAGCCAAGGAAAACAUUAUAACUCUCAAACAAGAGAUCUCAAGGUUGACCCAGCUGGCUGAGCAGGGAGCCGGCUUGUCUGAGGGUCAAGAGCACAGCGUAAAUAACUUGAAGCAGGCCGUGGAUGAGUUGACCGGGGAGCGAGAUGAGCUGGUCUCCAGUGUGGAGCGUCUGAGAGGCCUCGCCCAGGCCUCUGCCACCCAGCAGCAGAUGGAGGCCCAGAUAGAGAACUCCAGCCAGGCUGUCUCCCAGCUGCAGCAGGAGCUGCAGGUCCGCCAGAACGAGCUCUCCCGGGAGACGCGGCAGAAGGAGAAGCUGGAGAAGGAGGUGAAGCAGUUGCACGCCGACACGGAGGCCAAGACGUCUGAGCUCAAAGCCCUGAGCCAGCAGGGACAGCGAGCCAAGGACGAGCAGCAGAGGCUGGAGCAGCAGCUGAAGGAGCUAAAGGUCCAUGAGCUGCCGCCGCCGCCCUGUGUUCGCCAAAACAUCUCCGUCGCCCCCGACAUGUCCCACGGCCUGUGUUCACGUCCACAGGUCCAGCAGCACACGGACGACCUCAAAGUCAACGAGACGGAGAUCGCCGAGUACAAGAAGAAGACCUGUGACACGGAGCAGCGACUGGCCAGCCUCCACACCCUGUACGAGAAGGUGGUAGCCGAGAGGAACCUCUACAGCAAGAACCUCGUCGAGGCCCAGGAUGAGAUCGCAGAGCUGAAGAGGAAGCUGAAGUUCAAGAGCCUGGAGAUCGAGCAGCUGAAGGAGGAAAUCAGCGGCAAGGAGGCCACCAUGUCCCGGGAGCACCAGGACGCCCUGCGCGUGGAGAGGGACAACGAGGGGCUCAAGGCGAAACUGCAGCUAAUGAAGCAGCAGGCGGAGGAGACAAGGCAGCGCAUUGACGGCCAGAAGGCAGAGGAGCGGCAGCUGCAGAGGACCAUAGCCGAGGCUGACGCUGAGGCAGCGCGACAGAAGAAAGAGCUGGACCAGGUAUACAGCGAGCUGGAGAUCCUCGGCUCACAGAUGCUGUGCCGCAACGACCAGCUACGGCUGCUCCACCUUGAGCUCAAGACCAAGGACUGCCUCCUCGCCAAGACGGACUUCCAGUACAGCCAGCGGCUGGAGGACAUCCGCCUGCUGAAGCUGGACAUGCGCAACCUGAGCCGGGAGAAGAGCAUCCAGAGCCGGCUGGCCUCCAACGCCAAGGACCUCAGACGGGAGCUGUUCCACAUCCACAAAGAGCUGCUUCAGGAGAGGAGGAGGUUCUGCACACUGGAGGAGCAGCUUAGGACCCCCAUGAACGUUCACCACUGGCGGAAGCUCGAGGCCAACGACCCUGAAUACUUUGAGCUCAUCCAGAGCCAGGACCUGCAGAAGGCGCUGGUCACCAAGAACCAAGAGGUGAUGGACAAAGACCUCCUGCUGAAGGAGAGAGAGCGUGUGUACCUUGAGCUGAAGGAGCUCCUGGCCCGUCAGCCCGGCCCUGAGGCCUUCGAGCAGCUCCAGCAGUGUCAGAGGGCGCACCGGGAGAAGACCAAGAAGUUCAAGGCACUGACUGCAGAGCUCAACAUGUACGAGUCCAAGAUCCAGGAGUACAAGAGCGAUAACCAGGUGUUGAUCAACCAGCUGCAGGACAUCAAGAAGAAGUACCUGAGUCUGAAGCAGCAACAGAGAGAGGAGAAGAGCGCGGCCAGGACCGUCUUCCCCGUGAUCCAGAGCCCCCUCUGUCACCGCCAGCGCUUCACCGGAGGGGGGUUCAGCCUCAGCGCACCCGCCAAUAAAUAGUGGAGGGAGGGACACACACACACACACACACACACACACGCACACACACGCUCACACACAAACGCAUGUGCACACAUACACAGUCAUACACACACACACAUACACAAAUGCAUGUGCACACAUACACAGUCAUACACACACAUGCGCACACACAUGCGCACACUCACCCACACAAACACACACACACACACACACACACACACACACGCACACAUGUGCACACAUACACAGUCACACACACACACACACACACACACACACUAACUUAAGCAUUAACGUGUGUCAGGAAUGCUGUUUUAAUAAAAAGAGGAGAGAAUAAAGUUGGUAGGGUUGAGGGAUGUUGAGAGACUCCUCUCAGAGCUGGGGUAUUCAUGCAGGGGGCGGAGGGGGGUGGGGGGCAGCAAAGAGUGAAUGAGAUGAAACAGAAUAAAAGGAGGAAGGGGGGGAGGGUCCUUUAUCGUUGGGGAAACCGAGAUAAUAAACUGAAAAAUGAGAUGUGAGGAGAAAGUGAGCUUUUAUUGGAUCGAGCGAGAGGAAGAGCGAAAAAAGACAGGCGGAAAUAUACAGCAGGAUUGUAAAAAGAAAAAAAAAAUGCCGGAGAGGGAGAUGCCUGCUCGUAAUUCCUCCCAGGUCUGCAGUCCUCUGCAUCAGAACAUCCCUAAAAGCCUUCCAUCAUGAAUAAUUGCAUUUCUGAAAAAAAAGGAAAAUCUGAUCUUGAAGUACCAGACUGCUCCCCCCCCCCCCCCCCCCCCAUAUCACACAGAAACAGACACACGCACACACACAAAUACACACCCACACGCGCAAAUGCACGCAUACACGCGUGCGCACACAAGUGCCCAGACACACACAACCCCCUUGCUAUCGAAAUUGAAUGCAACUAGAUAUUGUUGUCUGUUGAUGAAUGGCAGUUAGGUGCAGUGUUUUGGGAAACGGCCACAUCACCUACCUUUGUGUCAAUGUUGACAAGGUUGUUUUUCUCUUAAUUUGACAGGAGCGGUUUGAUUGUGCAGCUUGUAAUAAGCAAGAUUACACAACUAAGCUCUAAUUAAAACUACAGGCUUGAGGUAAUUAGACCUGGAAAGUAUGCAAAGAUCCACCUGAUGCUUGAAAGAUUUUAUACAAAUACAUUGUGUACAUGCUGUCAUAGUGAUAAUAAUGAGAUAUAUUUAAUGAUUUUCAUUUCUUAUCAUUUUCUCCUCCUGGUACAAACUGCUGUUGUCCCUGUG